CUGAGGUUUACUCAAGGCAAAACAAUAUUCAUAUAAUAUGUCAUUACAUAGAAAUUCCAACUUUGAGUGAGAAACUUAUCAUUAUUACAUUUUCCUUUAGCACAUUGGUUCUCAAAUUUUAUGCUCGUCAAAUCUAGAUUUUGGUAGUGAUUUGAACAAUUUUCCAAGUGGUCUUAAAGCACAGUCAUAAUAAUCUGCUAGUAAUCUAAGACUAUUAAUAGUAACGAAUCGACACUUCCAAAGGCAUACAAUUCAUACGGCGGUAGUAAUAUCUUGCAUGUGUUUGUUUUGCCUUACAAUAUUAUUCUCACGUCCAACUAAGAACAACUUAUAUUAAAAAAAAACAAUUUAGCCAGUAAUGGUUUUGAACAGCAAAAACUUAAAAUAUUGUUUCCUUAAAUUGUGAGACUUUUCAUAAACAAAUUACAAUGUUUUGUCACAAGAGAAAAUAAUGCUAUGUGAUUUUGAACGCGCUACAAAUAAAAUGUAGUUAAUUAUUAAAUAGACCAAAAUACCAUUCGAGAUAAUAAACUUUUAAAAUAGACAUUUUAAUGGUAGGCAGCGGCUUGGCUCUGCCCCUGGCAUUGCUGACGUCCAUGAGCGACGGUGACCACUUACCAUCAGGUGGGCCGUAUGCUCGUCUGCCUACAAAGGCAAUAAAAAAAAAAAAAAAAGACAAAGCUAACAAAAAAAUGCCUAACAAAAUAUAUAUCUCAUUAAUAAAUUAUGCCAAUAAAUUAUGCCUAAACUACAAUAUUUAACAAAUAAAUUAAAAUGAGGUUUGCGUGAUCAAACCGGCAGCUAUCUACGAAAUACAAUUUUUAUUAUAAACAAUCUAGGCUGUCGUGACGGUUGAGAGCCGCUGUCUUAGCCUAUUUCUAGAGUACUUACUGUCAAUUGUCAAACGUUUGUUUCACACAUCAAACGAUGCCGCGCAACAACAGUUCAUUCACAAGCCGCAGGUGAAACCUACUUUUCACAUUCAAUACACGCUACCUUCCGACGAACGAAGUCUUUUUUAACGUGCCAGAAAAGGAUAGGUAUAUGUUUCAACUGUUUUUUUUUAAUACUGACGGAAGGGUCAGCUUGGUUUUUCGGCUGAGAGCUGGUCCGAGCCGAGAUGAGGCGGUAAUUAAUUUGAUCAUUCGAUGUACGUUGCGUACGAACGGAUUAGUGAUGGACACAGUCGAUGAACUUAUAUUAUCGAAAUUAAUAUGAAAGUAUGUUCAUGGUAGACACAAUUAAAAAUACUUCUACAGUUUAGCAUCGCGUUCUUUUUUUUCUCAUAAAAUUAUUUUCGACGUUUAUAAUACUUUAAAUAUUUCAUGGUCACGGACGACUAAGAGUUGCCGCGGAGAUUAAAGUAAUUUUAACUAUUAUAAAAAAAGCAAUUGAUUUUAUAAAACACAGUUCGAUAUAAUCGUUAACAGACCUUUAUGCGGUCUUCCAGCGACAACAAACUGGCUUUACCGGCCGGUAUCGAACAUGAAUCUCGCCAAUCACUGCGGGCUCGGAUCGUGUUUCAGCUGUCAAGAUCAAACCUACACGCGGCAGAUAAAUGAGUUUGCUUUCCCCUGUCAUUCAGAGCUUGCCGCGUCCUGCCGCCCGUGGCGACUCCUGCAGCGCGAACAAAGCCUCGCCAGACUAAGAGCAACUAUAAAAUUAAAAUACAAAACCUAAAUAAGAUUUUUAGGUUUACCAAUUAAUCAAAUAAGUUUACCAAUUUAUCAAUAAUCGUUGCGUUAUUUUCGUCAAAUGUUCGGGAUUAAAAAAACCUGCAUGAUAUAUAGAGAAUGAUCUUAUGCAUAAUAAUAGGUAAAACGUCGUAAAUAAUCUCUGUUACAUUAAAAUUGUUUCAUAAUUAAAAUCUGUGUGACUAAAAUCGUGUAGUAAUAAUGAAAUCUGAUGAAAAUUUAUAGUUUACGUAAUUAAUACACGAUUUUGAUGUCGACCAUAAGACUUAGGAUGAGGUAUUAACAUUUGUGAUAUCUGUUAGCUACGGUAAACAUUUAACACAAACGGUAGUUAGCUCGUUUGCCCAUAAAAUACCUCAGCGUUUGAUACCAAAAACAGUAGGGAAACCGCUUAAAGAGGCGACUCGAUUCCUCGAAUUAAAAAUAUGGCUUCGUGACGUAAAACCUUAAGUAGGUACCUCUUUAUGCAUUUAUUGAUCGUUGAGUCCAUAGGGUGUACUAUUAGUUUAAACAUGAAAUAGUACAGCCCUUAGCCCUCAGACACAGCCCACUGAGUUUCUCGUCGGAUCUUCUCAGUGGGUCGCGUUUCCGAUCCGGUGGUAGAUUCUGCGAAGCCUCUCAAGGCUAUCAGAUUCGGUAGGAAAAAAAAGUACAGCCAUAUUUUUUGCUUGAUUUUUGAAUCUGAAUGAAACCCAAUUGAAUGGUAGAACAAAUUUCCAAAAUCCAUGUUUGCUUAUUUAUUGCUUAGAUGGGUAGACGAGCUCAUGGCUCACCUGGUGUAAAGUGAUUGCCCGAGUUCAUAGAUAACAACAACGUAAAUGCCACCUAGUCUAGAGUUCUAAGUCUAUGUUUUAUACAUAGUACAUACAACGGCUGCCCCGCCCUUCAGACCGAAACGCAUUACUACUCCAGAGCAGAAAUAGGAGGUGGUACCCAUACGGUCUCACAACACACGUAACUACUUGUAAGGAUAUUUAUUUAUCUAUCUAGGCCUGAUAUGAAUCUAAAAUGAAGUAAUAUAGGUAAUUUAUUUAUCGAUAACAUCGACAAGUGACCGUCACUAGCUACGGUAGUGCAGGUGCCAACCAGACGCGACGGCGCGCCAGUCUCCCGCGGCCGUUGUUCCGACAGCACGUCAAUAUCGGCGAUCCAACUAAUUCCACAUCCAUCGACACGUGCGUGGCGCAACCCUAAUCCGUUGUUCUAAUUCGGGAUUGUGUUCUGUGGACUUGUGCCGGGGACUUAAGUUCGUAAUAGUAAAUAAAGGCGAUUUUAAUUGGUCCGGUAUAGUGCAGUGAUUCAAAAUAAGGGGUAGUAUGUGUGACGUCACCCUGACGAAGGCUAAACGAAGGUGACAGUUGUGGUUGCAUGAUAGUGUAGUAAUUAUGAACUGUUCAAGAGUGGAUAUUAGGCGGCGGAGGUGCGAAUGUCGGUACAACAUGACAUCGAUUGCGUCACAUCUAAAAAAGUCAAUAGCGCUAUGGCUUCUCUUAGCUUUAAUAAAUAGUCGAGUAUCUGCUGGCGAAUUAUGGCCGAUGGAGAGGCCGGAGGGUAUGCCCGUUAUCCAGUCACUAGAGGUCAUGUGCGGGAAGGACCACAUGGACGUGCACCUCACGUUCUCGCAUCCCUUCGAGGGCAUUGUCUCGUCUAAAGGUCAGCACGGUGACCCGAGGUGCGUGUACGUGCCACCAUCGACGGGCCAGACGUAUUUCUCGUUCAGGAUCGCGUACGCCAAGUGCGGGACCAAACCAGAUCUGCACGGACAGUUCUACGAGAACACGGUUGUGGUGCAGUACGACAAAGAUCUGCUGGAAGUGUGGGACGAAGCCAAGAGACUCCGCUGCGAGUGGUUCAACGACUAUGAGAAGACAGCCUCGAAGCCCCCCAUGGUUAUCGCUGAUCUGGAGGUGGUCCAAUUGGACUUCAGAGGAGACAAUGUGGACUGUUGGAUGGAGAUUCAAGCUGGGAAGGGGCCUUGGGCUCCUCCUGUCUCUGGUAUAGUCCCCUUAGGCUCCACUCUCACUCUGGUCGUGGCCAUCAACGACUAUCGAGGUGAAUUUGAUAUGAGAGUUAAGUCGUGCGCUGCCUCAGACGGCUCAGGUCAUGUCAUACAGCUAUCCGACGAAUAUGGAUGCGUGUUGAGGCCUAAGAUGAUUUCCAGAUUCCUUAAAGCGAAAGCGGCAGAUGAAAGGGCAUCGGUCAUAACUUAUGCGUUCUUCCAUGCUUUCAAAUUUCCGGAUGCAUUGAGCGUGCAUAUUAGAUGUAAAGUGGAGAUCUGCAGGCACGGAUGUCUGGACCACUGUCAGCUGGCCGGCCUCUCCCCUCAACGACACGGCGCUUUGGAUAGGAAAGAUGACAGAACUCAUCAAGACCAUAAUGAGAUAAAUGACUCAACGGCCGAAGAUGAUACAAGUAUGAUCGAAAACCAACGGCUGCCAUUAGAAGAGGCAUUCGGUGAUGAAGUAUCUGGUGAAGCGGUACCCGCUCCGGUACCACUGCUGCAGCGAUCACCAGCACCCGUCGUCGAACCUGACACAGAUCAUCUUGCUGCUGUUGAGGAAUUAGCUGAGGCUCUGUCCAGGCCUUUCAAUGACCAUCCCACGGAUCUCAGUGAUCGAGAAAGAUUCCCACAUGGCCCACGCAACUUCAACUCCAAGCCUGAUCUCGGAGAAGAAGUUAUGAUCAAGCCUCCUAGUCCCGCUGUCGCUGGCCCCAGGUCUUUGAGGAAAAGGCGUAAUGUCCGCGACGCCAGGUCUGCAGAUGUUGGCGUUUCUGGCAUUUAUGAAGUAGUGUCUGAGGCUGACCUAGAUUUUGGGCCAAGUGGACCAACCAAAGAACCGGUUACUGUCUUUAGCGGAAGGAUACGAGAAGAGGUGGUCUACGGCAUUUGUAUGGGAGCGGUAAGUUUCGGGGCAUUAUUCGCGUCGGCUGCCGGCGCUGCGGCGGGGGCGGCGUUUGCUGCCGCGAUCAUGUUGCACAGAAUACGGACGCGGAGACCCCCGCCGCCCGCGCCGCCCGCCCCGCCCCUCGCCGCGCACUCCCUGGCCGCCUGGAUGGCCUUGAGACUUUUAGGCUCUCCUCCACACCCGCAUAUGUCACGCGAGGGAUGAUGACGUAUUAGAUUGUUAUUCCGUUUUCGUCCGUAAUGUUCUUUACUCGUCUUCCAACAUAAGAAUUGUGUCUAAGUCUACACAUGGAGAUUUUUUUUAAUGUGACUAAAAAUGUCUAUAUUUUCAUGCAAACAAACCCUACGUUAUACGUAAGAUGAUUGUUACCUUGAAUAUCAUCCAAUAUAAAUGGCUUAUGGCGAUCGAUGUCUGUGUGAAAACUCUCUCCUAUGUUAUAAUUGUAUACGAAAAUCUCACCGCUCUUUCUCGAAAAACUCUGUGUGUAAAUGAAUCCUUAAUACCUCCCAUUAAUUCUUAUCCCAAUUUGCCUGAAGGCAAAUACGUUAAUUGAAUAUUUAAAUGUAAAGGAAUAUUCCAAAUUUAUAUUUAAAGAAAAAAAUCAUAGUUGUGAUUAAAAAAAAUAGUUUUACAGUGGAUAAACCCCAAUGUAAAUCUAUUUAUUGUCUAUCAAAUAAUACAGUUUCUAAAUUUAUUAAGUGUAUUUUUAAUUUUUAGUAUAAUGCUUUAUUAUAAUAAAUGUCCACUGAUUUAUGAAAAAAUAUAUAGUAAUUAAUAUGUGAACAGAGUUUUCGAUACCUGAUAUAUAUUAUUUUGUAAUAAAUUUAUUUUUACUUUUUUAUUCUCCUGUUUAAGUUUCUUUGCGAGGUCAGUCUUGUCAUUGAAUAAGGUUUUAAAAUUUAAUGAACUAGAUUUAUUCUUUCGAAUCAAUUAUGAAUAUUUUUGACAGAAGAAAUGUCAUAUUCAAAUGAUAUUCUUUAUUUUUUAAAUAUUUUCAUAAAUAUUUAUACACUAUUAAACCAAAAUUAAUCAAAUCUGGUUCAUUAAUAAUAAAAAUAUAAACUGAAUUAUUUUAAAAUCACGGUUUAUUUUAGCGAUCGUUUUUUUAUUUAUUUUUUAUUUUGUAAGGAAAAUAUGGUUCUAGUAGUUUAAUUGACCUAAUGGAGCUAUGUCGUACUAUGGACUCAGUCGUUAAAAACAUUUAAAUAUUCUUUAUUUGUACAGAUUAUUUACAUUAAUUAAGCAUAGCAAUACAAUCAAACGCACAAACAUUUAUUUACUAACGAAGACAAAGAAUUUAUCGUUGUACAUAUUAUUAUUAUUAUUAUUAUUAAAAUGUAAUCUUUUAAUCUUGCGUAUUUUUAAAGAUGUUAUCGCAGAAUUCCCGUUGAAAAAUAAUCGAUAAAAAUAUAUAUUACUGCAAACCUAUUUGCUUGAAUAUUAAUUUCAUUGUCUUCGUUUACGUUAUUUUUAUUAUUACUUUAUCAAUACAACUCAUGACAAAUAUAUUACUGGGUGUCCAUAGAAUUUUAAUGCUAUUGGAAACUUGUCGAAUAUUUUUUUUUAUACUCAAAGAAAUAUAAUGUAUAAAUAAAAUAGUUACAUUUAAAAAUAUGCUACCAUGAAUCGACUGUUAAUAUACGCAUUAGAGAAAAAUACAACUAAAUACAUACAUCGUACAUACGAUCAUCAUCAUCAUUAUCAUCAUCAGCCUUUAUCGGCCCACUGCUGGACAUAGGCUUUCCCCAAUGCCUUCCACAUAAUAUGAUCCUCCGCUUUCCGCAUCCAACGACUUCCCGCCGUGCGCACUAAGUCGUCAGUCCACCUGGUUGGAGGACGCCCCACGCUCCUGAUACCCAUCAUCAUACGAUCGCGUAUUUGGAAUUUAAAAAUAUUAAAAAAAUACAUGAACAUAUUAAACCAUAAAAUUUCAUUAGACACACACUCAAGAAUAAAGCUCCGCAUACAUACCUACACUUAUUUCUUUGACUUUCCUACUGAAACAGACUUUUUUUAACAGAGGUUUUACUAAAGUAUAUUUAUAAAGCUAUAGCUAUAAAGAUUUAGCUGUAAGUAAACUAUGUAUGAUCGAGUCAUGCCAUUAGUUUUAAGUUAUAAUUAUUCAAAAAUCAAAUGAUACUACAUAGGAAAGGAAAAAUUCAACGAUAUAUAAAUAACUGUAAAUCUCCGUAUUCGUUUUGUAUGAAAAUCCAAAAUCUCCAAAAAAAAAACUCAGUAACUGUAGCCUUUGUCUUUAAUAGUUUUUUUUUUUUUAGAUAAAUUAGUUUGUAAUUAAAACGAUUUUACAUUUUAAAAAAAACUCACUGGUUACGUGAAAGAUUUGCAGAAACCAAUCAUUAAACAUUAUAUUAAUUUGGCAUUUUUUCAAUUUCAACACACCAGUGAUUGUGACAUGUUAUAAUUUUUUUAUAUAAAUAAAAUUAAUUAGGGUAAUGUGAAUAAAACACCAAUGAAUGUCUAAGCUAGUUUAGUUUUUUAAUAUUAACCUAAGGACUGCAUUUAUUUUGCAUUUAUUUUUCUACUAAACAUACCUUUCGUAUACUAUUGCUCAAUUUUAUCAUUAUUAAGCUAGGGUUAGUAGUUAUAUUAUUAUGUGUAUUUAAAUGAGAGAUCGUCUGUAAAUGGAAAGUCUGUAUUGAUCCAGAUUUAUUAAAUAAUAUAAUAAUCUCGAUUUUAAAAUACGACAUUUUCUAGCUCAAAGUUUUGCAUUUUUUAUUAAAAUAAUGUUCACACACGGUCUCUUGAACAUUGUUCUAGAAUACUCUAUUUUACGUCAUUAAUGAUAAAUGUCAAUCAUUGCUCAUCGUGGUGAAUGUGACGUGGUUUACGUCAGUAAAUGAUGUUUUAAUUUAGAAAGAUCAGUGGAACUAACGUUAUUGAGCAUGUCACCCAAAAAUUUAGUAUUUACUAAUUUUAUUUAAUAUUAUUAAUAAUACUUUAGUUACAUGGAAUAUCAAAUUCGUUUUCAUUUAGUAGUGCAAUUUAUUUUAUAUUCUGAUACUUGGUAAAGGUACUUUCGGUGGUUUAUAUUAUAUUACAAUUACAUUAUAUUCUAGGGUAUUAUUUAUGUAACAUUCUUCUGAUAAAUAAAAAUAUUUAUUUAAUUUUGUAAAAGUUGUAAAAGCACUUGUUGUGUUUAGAGGAAUUAAAUAUAAUAUGUUGAGAGUAUUCA